AGCGGUUGGGCGGUGCGCUGCAGCGGAGGCCUGCAGCUGGUUCAAAUUAUUGCACUUUACGCCAAAAAAGAAGAAAGAAGGACGUGACUCAUUUUUAAAGUUGUAGUUUUGCGGCCAUGAAAGGUGACACUGUGCUUCUCAUUUGACACCAACCAGCAAGCAGUAGGUGCCGUUGCAGCUUUUGGUUAUCAUGUCAGAAAAGGCUCCGCUGCUGCAUUACCGACUCAUCGGCACCAAGGACCCUGACAAUGCGGCCAGUCCCACCGGGGUCACUGUGGAGAGCGACGCCCGGCGCGCAAAGGGCAAAAACCCCAGGAAACUCGGAGUGGUUUUUGGAGUGAUUAUUCCAACUUUACUGUCCAUGUUUAGCGUCGUUGUGUUCCUGCGAAUUGGAUUUGUUGUGGGUCAAGCGGGGCUCUACCAGUCCAUCGCCAUGUUCUUGGUGGCCUACUUCAUCAUCACCAUGACUGUGCUCUCUGUCUGUGCCAUCUCUACCAAUGGGGCUUUAGAUGCUGGAGGUGCCUACUACAUGAUCAGCCGAGCCCUGGGUCCAGAAUUCGGCGGCAGCAUUGGGAUUAUGUUUUUCUUUGCCAAUGUAUGUGGUAGUGCUCUGUAUAUUUUGGGUCUGGUCGAAGCCAUCAUCUCUGCCUUCGGUAUCCCAGAAGAUGGUGCAGCAAGUGGUGCAGCGAGUGUUGCAGGUCCCCAUCAGGUGAUGCCAUCAGGAUACUGGUGGUCUGUGCUCUAUGGCACCGUCCUGCUGUUCCUCUGUCUCAUCGUCUGCCUGGUGGGAGCUCACAUCUAUGCCAAAGCUACCUUCAUCAUCUUCAUUGUUGUCAUGACUGCUCUGGCUUCCAUCUUCAUCAGUUUCUUCAUUGUGGAGCCAAAGGUCGUGAUGCUGCCUGACACUUCAGUCAAUAUCACCAGCCCAGUCACCACCAACUACACAGGCCUGCGGCUCCACACCAUGGAGAGAAACCUGUGGCCUGACUACACAGUAGACUACACCACCGGCACCAUGAUGAAUUUUGCCACAGUGUUUGCUGUCAUGUUCAACGGCUGCACUGGCAUCAUGGCUGGCUCUAAUAUGUCAGGUGACCUGAAAAACCCCAGCUAUUCCAUCCCAAGAGGAACCCUUGCAGCAGUUCUCAUAACCUUCAUCACAUAUAAUCUCCUCAGUCUGCUGGCAGCUUGGUCCUGUGACCGCCGCCUCCUGCAGAAAGACUACAGUUUCCUGGGGGACAUCAAUAUUUGGCAGCCCUUGGUGACAAUGGGCAUCUAUUCCUCAACCAUGUCUGCAGCCAUGAGUAACCUCAUAGGAGCCUCCAGGAUUUUGUAUGCCCUGGCCAAGGACAACCUGUUUGGCGGUGUCCUGGCUCUGGCAAGGAAAACUUCUCUGAGUGGCAACCCCUGGGCCUCAGUGCUCAUCUCCUGGUUACUUGUCCAGGUGGUGCUGUUUUCCGGUAAAUUGAACACCAUUGCUGGUAUUGUGACUAUCUUCUUCCUGUUGGUCUAUGCUGCUGUAGACUUGGCCUGUUUAGCUCUGGAAUGGGCGUCAGCACCCAACUUCAGACCGUCAUUCCGUUGCUUCACCUGGCAUACCUGUGUGCUGGGCAUCCUUGGCUGCCUGGUCAUGAUGUUCCUGAUCAGUGCCAUUUAUGCCUUUGCCAGCAUAGCCUUCAUGCUGCUGCUCUUAAUGCUUAUCCACUACCUCUGUCCCACCAGCGACUGGGGCUACAUCAGCCAGGCCCUCAUAUUUCACCAGGUGCGAAAGUACCUGUUGAUGCUUGACGUGCGUAAGGACCAUGUGAAGUUCUGGAGGCCCCAGGUGCUGCUUAUGGUGGCAAACCCUCGUAGCUGCACAGGCCUCAUCACCUUCAUAAAUGACAUGAAGAAGAGCGGCCUCUAUGUACUGGGACAUGUCCAGCUGGGGUUACUGGACGGGUUGCCUUUUGACCCCCUGCAGAGCCAUUAUGACUCAUGGCUGUCUCUAGUUGACCAUCUCAACAUCAAGGCGUUUGUCAACCUUACUCUUGCCGACUCUGUCCGACACGGAGUCCAGAACCUGCUCUUCAUCACAGGCUUUGGUGGAAUGAGGCCAAACACUCUUGUCUUGGGCUUCUAUGACAGCUGCACCCCUCAAGACCACCUCCAAGGCAAAAUUCUCCAGUGUAAAGGCCAUGGUAUGGAUGGAGUGAGCCCAACCAAGGAUCCCCAAGAACAACACCCCCCCUUUUUCCCAAACCUGAGAGGUGUUGAGGACACCAAAGACCUCCAGGAAGAAGAAUAUGUGUCGGUAAUUGCUGACACUGUCAAAAUGGGGAAGAAUGUGGCGCUGGCUCGUUACUUCAGCCACUUCCACCGGGACGAGAUCUUGGGCUCAGGGCAAAGGGUCGGAGGUCACUAUGGCAGGUCAGGGCCUUUUGUUGAUGUGUGGCCUCUGAACCUCCUUCGGCCAGACAGCCGUGGCUACGUAGACACCUGCUCGCUGUUCCUGCUGCAGCUGGCCUGCGUGCUUCACGAGUCCCGUGCCUGGAGCCAGACAAGACUUCGCCUCUUUCUGUGUGUGGAGGCUGGGUGGAGCCUGCAGGAGGAGGAGGCAAAGCUCCAGGUGAUGCUGAAGGAGCUGAGGAUCUCAGCCCACGUGCAGACUGUGGCCUGGGACCAGGUGGUCGCACUGCACUGGCAGAGACGUGGAGAGAGGGAGGCGGGGAACCGAGAACAGGCGGCACAGGAUGAAGAGGAGAAAGCGAAAGAACAUGAAUAUGAACAGGAGGAUGAGAGUAUACAGAGGUUCCCCAACAAUGCUGCUCAGCUGACAGAUGAAUAUAUCUGUGCUGUCAACAGUCUGAUUCGUAAGCAUGGAGCUCCUCCCCCUGCGGUGCGAUUCCUGUAUUUGCCUCGCCCACCAGCAGACACCAGUCGAUACCAGGCUUACCUACACCAACUGGACCUAUUGACUCAAGACCUGGGACCUACGCUGCUCAUCCAUGGGGUAACUCCCGUGGUUACAACGGACCUCUAGUCUUUUACUAUCAAUUCUUAAUCCAUCACUGACCCAGGUCAAUGAUGGAUUAUUCAUCCAUGGGAUUUUGCCUAUUAUCACUCAACGGCGCUCAGGUCUUCAUCUGACAUUUAAGCCUUCACUGAUACAGUCUAGCAUUGACACUGUCACAGUUCAUUUUUCCAUUUGAAUGUAACCCACAGCUUUCCUACACUUGAGCUCUAUAUGGCCCAAAGACUCUGUGUCACUGCUUUAUGCCAGUUCGUCAUCGCAGGGACAUGGAUCUGCAUUGAUGUAUAAUUUGCACAUUGUGUUGGGUGAAAGGAGGAAAGAUGCAUAUCACCCUUGGUAUCUGUUGAUCACUUUAAGGAUACAAGUGUUCUUUCUUAGCUGUUUGUAACCUUGUUGAAGUUAUUUUCUAUGUAUCUUCUCAGUAUUUUUUGUGAACAGAAUAUUUUGUGAACAGAAUAGAAAAAUAAAUUAAAGAUGAAUUAUUUGUAGAAUACA